GGCUCACAGACGGCUUCUCAAGUAACAAGGCUGCAGGCUCACUUCAGCGACUCCACACUGAGACAGAAAGAGAGCUCCACACAGAGCUUUAAAGGGAGAUGAAAAAAGGAGCAAGAAAGAGGCAAGUCACACAAACUUAAGAGGAGAGGAAGGAGAUACUGACAUCUAAUGAGGCAUUUCAAACAGGAGACACAGAUGUAGAGAGAGGAGGAGCGCAAAGCGGACUACUCUCUUUGGAAACAGUUCUUCACUGCAUCACUUUGUCUCUGCUGUUUUACCUGCUGGGACCGGACAAUGACAGAGGAGGCUGAGGUGGGAGCGGAGCCCUCUCCAACCUCUGAGACUGAGCAACAGGCUCCUCAUUUCCUACAAGAUGUCAUCUUCCAUGGCAAGUUUAAGGUGAGUUCCACCAUGAGGGACAGCAGGUAGCCAGAGCCAGUGACUUUAAACUGUUCAGGUAGAGACGUACAGACAUUUGAUUGUCUAUAGAUACUUGUGACAGGCAUGGCAAGACAUAUGUGGUGAUUUUAAGCGCAAAUGUUUUGAGUAAGAUUUGCAAUAUCCAACAAAUGCUUUUUUCUUUAGUUGACAUCCUUUCCAUGUUUGUAAAAGUACAAGGACUCAACUCUUGUCUCAGUAGACUCGUAAUGUUUGGCCUGAAAUAACUGGAACUGACAGAAAUUCCAUCUGAAUUUUGUGAAGAUGCCAAAGUUUCCAAAUAUACCACUUGUGUCAAGCUGAAGAAAUAUGUCUGGAAAAAAAAGAGGUUUAAUAGAUCUCCUCAUUUAAUGGCUUGUUGCGGCUCCGAAAAAGCAAAAGAUAAUGUAUCAUGCUUUAAAAAGUUAAAUAGACACAAGUCGGACAUUAUUUUGAAGAGAGUAGUUAUGGUAAAAUACCACAAUGAUGAAACAACAGCUGAUACUCACUUAAAGACAAACUGGUUACAGUAUCUUCAGCUAAACCCCUAAAAAUUCACUGUAAUGGUCACUGUAUGGUUAAGUUAUGCUUUUACUGGCAGCGUUGCAUAUUGGGAUGUCAUUUUUCGAGCAUCUUUAAAGUCUUCACAUCUCUGACGACAGUACAGCCUAAAUGAAAAUGUUGAUAUCUCAUAAAACCACAGGGAGUUAUUGAAAAUCACACAAAAAAUAGGACAAUGUUGGGAAAUGUCAUUAUCAGAGCUGAGUUAUUUUUCCCCUCUGAUAGAAAUACAGUGAUUGUUAUUUUGAUUAUUGAUGUAAUUCAUAAUAGCCAUAAAGUUGAUACUGUAAUGCGAGUUCUCCUCAGCUAGCAGGAGUAUGCAAAAAUAAUACACAGCCCGGCAUGACCCUGCUGCCAAACUUAUUUCCCACGCAGUUUUACACUAAUUGCAUGAAAUGACGACAUACAGUAAAAGAUAGCCUUACGAGGAGACAGACUGCAGCCUUACCUUCCUGUUACUAAAAAACUUUUUUUUUAUUCAGAAAGUUAGACACAAUCCUAAAAAAACAUCCUCUUUUUCCAGCUAACAGGACAGUUAUAAUCAGUUUGCACAAGGUAAGCACAAGAAAAGCUUUUCUACUCACAAUCCAUCAGAGUUAAGGUGAAUAAAUAGUAUAAUUGAUCCCUUUGAGCACUGUUGAUGAUCCAUGGCUGUACUGUGCUCCCCUGCUGCUAUCUCAAUCCAUGGCCGAGCCUAAACAAAGUUCAUUUCCUUUAUUAAUAGCUUAUGCUGUACUUCAAACCAGAUUCUCCUCUGGUGGUCUGUAAAGCUGAGAGCUAAUGAAACAAGAGCUAAAUCAGGACAGGAAGGAAGAAAGGGAUCUAGUGCUUCUUUUAUGAGAUAUCCACACUGAUUUAAAUUUAAUUCAAAAGCAUCAAAAAACUUUGAAAUGUUUAAUGAAGAAUAAAUGUAUCCUUAAAGCUUCUGGGGACCCAAAUCUACAAAACUUUUCAAAAUAUAAUAUUUGUGAUCACAGCAUCUACUGAUAACUAUCUAAAAAUAUAAGGAAUUAAAUCUAAUCCAUUUCUGAAAUAUAAUCAGUUAAACUUGUGAAAAUGUUCUAAUAUUGUGUGUUUGUGAGCUGAUUAUACUUGGGCAUUUAUUUUAAAACAAACAUUUGACCUAUCAACUGUGGUGGACUUGGUGAGACAGGUUUUUGGUGGGCUAUGGCAGUCAUGCAACAGCUGUCUCUUGUACACCAGACUAAUGUUUGCCAGGAGCAGUCCACCCACCUUACUCAGAAAGCUCAGGGCUUAGUAUAUUAGACUUUGACUGAGAUGUUGAAUAAUAUCAAUGUAUCGUAGGACAGCCAGGUAACAAACAAAAUCUUGCUAUUGUACAAAAUACACACAAACAAAAAAUUUAGAGUUGCAAAGUUGGCAACAUUUUCAUCAUUUAACGUACAGCCCAUUAGCCUCUUGCUAACAUGUUUGUCAAUUGCUUUAGUAUGUGACAUAAUAAGUCAAUUGGAAGAUGGUCCUGUAGUUACAUGCUGAUCAUAGUAGAGGUGGACAGACGAUUGACAAGUAACAAUUCUAGACCACCUAACUGAGCUGUAUCUGUAGUUUGACUUGACUCUUUACUGUGAAUACAAAGGUACUGAGUAAAUACGUUGUACUUUGCCACCCAGGGACCGUUUGAAAAGAAUGAUUUUCAGAUGCUGGAGUUUCAUUGUCCUCUGAUCUGGAGUUGGAAACCUUAAACACACAGGGCUGGACUACACCCUCUCUGAGUUGUGUCAUGUUGUGUUGAGAAUGUUCUCAUGGUUUGGUUUGAUUAUCAUUUGUCAAUCAAACUUAAGCUGCCAGGAAAAUAGGCGAAAGGUUUUCUAUCAGUGAUAGAUUGUUAUUUUAUCUCAAAUUUUCAGUGAUGCUAAGUGACACUUUUAAGUUUGAUAUUUUUCAUAUUUCAAGUCAUGUUCUCAGAGGCUUCAAGUCAGAGACACUGUUAAACUAGGGCACAACCUCUGUGCAUGAACCAAAUACCACUUGUAAAUCAGAUCCAACUAUCAGGGUUUAAAUUGGGAUUUGUAAUGUGGGAGGGGUUUUGGCUUACAGGGUUGCACAUGUAUGAGUGCAAGAGACCGUCCUGGUCAGUGAGUGUGUUGGUGGGCAGGCAGCAAGAUUCUUAAUGUGAAUGGAAACACCAAGGCUUUGUGACAAAUGACAUACAUAUUAUCGUGAAAAAGACAACAAACUUCCACGAAGAACAAAUCAAAUGAAAAAUAUUCAUCACCUAAUAUAAUGAAAGUAAUCAAAGACAGUGUUAUCAGCCCAUAAUUACGACUGAUCACAAUAAAACUCAAUGUCAGCUGGCAGUGGCUGGUGAUUUUUGUUGGCUCACUUUGUCACUUUGAGCCAAGAACUUGAAAAGUAUAGAAGAGAUUUGAAAAAAACCUCUAAGUCAUGCAAGCUUUGGCUAUUUGAAAGUUCAACCAGAGCUAGAGUGGCGAAUUAUAGAGCAGUAAGAUACCAAAAUCAGUGGCAACCUGGGCAAAUAUGUCUAUAAUUGUAUUUUAGAAACACAAAACAGAGUGGCUUACUAUGGCUGAGAAGAUUAAGGAAACUACACACUCACCAGCCACUUUAUUAGAUGCACCUGUUUAAUUGCUCGUUAACACAAAUCAGCCAAUCACAUGGCAGCAACUCAAUGCAUUAAGGCAUGUAGACGAGGCCAAGACCACUUGCUUAAGUUCAAUUUGAUUAUCAGAAUGGAGAAGAAAGGGGAUUUAAGUGACCUUGACCAUGAUAUGGUUGUUGGUGCCAGAUUGGCUAGUCUGAAUAUUUCAGAAACUGCUGAUCUACUGGGACUUUCACUCACAACCAUCUCUAGGAUUUACAGGGAAUAGUCCAAAAAAGAGAAAAUAUCCCGUCUGCAGCAAUUGUCAGGACAAAAAUGUCUUGCUGAUGUUAGAGGUCAGAGGUGAAUGGGCAGACUGGUUUAAGAUGAUAGAAAGAAAACAGUAAGUCAAAUAACCACUCAUCAAAGCCAAGGUAUGCUGAACACCAUCUCUAACCGCACAACAUGCCAAACCUUGAAUCAGAUGGUCUACAGGCGCAGAAAACCAGGUGCCACUCCUCUCAGCUAAGAAACUAAAACUGAGGCUACAAUUCACACAGUCUCACCAUAAAUUGGACAAUGGGAGAUUGGGGAGACGUUGCCUGGUCUGAUGAGUCUCAAUUUACCCAAUAAAGUGACAGAUGAGUGCAUGUUCAGAUUUUGAGAACAAUACAUGAUAAAAUAUGUUAAUGUUUUUAUUCAUUAAUAUGUCCUUUACGUCCUUUUGUAGUUUACAUAUAAAACAUAAUUUAUGCCUUUGUUUUUGGGAGCUAUUAAAAAACAGGAAGUACCUUUUUAGAGUUUUGUGUGAAUUUUUCUGACAGACAGAGUUUUGAUUGUUGAUGUAGGAUAAAUUUUACCAACUGGCAGGCAAUCAAAGAAGAGUUCAGCCUUUGCUCUGAGUCCUGGCUGAAUUUAACCUCCUCCAUACCUGGCUACGAUAUCUGAUAUUAGCAGUGGAAUCUCCUCCUGUAGUAGGUGUAUCUCAUUAAUGUUUCCAUGAUCAGUGUCAUCUUCUUGUGAUCUUACUGUGCCUGACAGCUGGCAGAUGUUAUGAAGCAGCUGAAAUAAACACUGCUAUUUCCACUGGCAAACAUGUGACAUUCACGUGGAGAGGUUUCUGCAGUAAACAUGGUACUUGUAAACUAAUGCCCACCUUCUUGUCCAUGGUAUCUGCUCAGAAACAAAACAAAAUGAUACUUGAGGAAAUUCAGGUUUUCUUUUGAACCUUACUUAUGCACAUUCAUGGUGCUAGAUUCAUCUAUCCCAACUUUGACUAUAUGUAGGACAGCAACCAUUUUAUGAAGAGAGGAUGUUCCUGAUUAUUGUUUGUACUUUUGUUCACCAUGUUCACCUAAGUUUGGAUUAAUUAUACUCAUGUUCCCUUUUCAUUAUAUCAGUCUGGGACAACUUUCAGGUAGAUUUGCAGGAUUUAAGACUCAAACAAAACUUCUUGUUUAUCUUAAACUGGCAUCCCUGAAAACCCCUUAUUCCAGCACUACUCAGCCUCUGCCUGAACCCGUUUCUUUUUGCAGUUAUAGACACAGCUUGUGGGUGUCGCUUUUUACACAGCUCUUGUAAGCUUUGAAACAACUCAAAAGUUAUGCCUUGGCGAAAACAUCUGAGACUGGCCAUUAGUGCCCACACUGACACCCCUUUAAACAUUAGCUUUUGUUACAUUACUUUCUGUUUAAUGUGACUAAGCAACUUGUGAUGGUAGGCCUCCAAAGAUGGAACAAGCCCAGGUUUCACUAACAGCUGAGGCCUAAAUCCUUCUUGUACUGGAUUUUGUUUACAAUGGAGUCAUCAGUGAAAUGGCAAGUACGUACAACUGCACAAAACGUUCCCUCUGCUGCCUUUGUCUUUGAGGGAAGCAAAUGACUGUAACUUACCUUUAUAACCAAAAAACUCUUCCAAGCAACUUUCUUAGACAUAUGAAAUAUUAAAAUAAACAAAACAGAAAAAUGGAGCGCUGCAAUAGACUUUCCCUGUAAGGAGCAAUUGGGGAAAAAAAUGAACAUAUGUACAUUUCCUUGAAAGAGCAACCAGGUGGGCAUAUCCUUGAACAUUAUCCUAAUAUGAUGGCAGGGCUUAAUGCCAGUUUCAGGCCAAGUCUCACAAAGUUAUUGAAAUGAGCUACUUAGGGAAGCCAGAGACAGGUCCAGGGAUCGCCCCAACAUCCAUGAAUCUCCUUCAGUGAAACUUUGGCGGGGUUUAGUAUGGACAUCCAACACUGUAAAACCACACGCAUGUAGCAAAAUAUGGAUCAGCAUAUUAGGUCUCCUAUUAUCAUCAUAGGAUGACAGUUUGUUGGAUCUGUGAUUGACAGAGUCCGCCUCCUUUGGUCCCAGGUGCAUUUUGUUUUAGCAUUUUUGUUUUAGCAUCUCUCUCACUCUCUGACUUUCAGUAUGGACUAUUGCCAUGGCCACUUGUUGUUGAAGUUACUUCAUACUGAUUAUCAACUCAAAGAUUCUCUCACCAGCUCUGCUAACAUUUGUCAGGACCACAGACAGCUUACUCUACUUUUCCCUACCAGGGAUGGUUGGGCCCCACUGUCAGACUCCUACAAUCUGAGUCUGUUGAGGCCAAAACAGGCUCUUAGUGGUGUACUUUUAUUAGACACAUCUUUUGUGCCAAAUAGCAGCCCCCUUUACAUUGUGCAUUUGAGACAAGGGUGUUAAGCCUCUGUUACUGCUCAUGUUAAUGUCACGGAGAUGUAUUAGUGGGACACAGUCACUGCAGUAUCAGGGGCAUAACAGAGGUGAAAUAUCUCUGUAAAGACCAGAGUCAACAGGACUUAACAGCAUUCUUUAUUCACAAAUUGAGCCUCACAGGCUUCCAUGAGGCUGUAGUGGUGUGUAAAUUCACAUAAUGGGUCACAAAGGCUCAAUAUAAAAGUAUAAAAGAGCUUUGUUUUUGUGGUGCUGCAGUUUGAUCUUCAUUCUUAAAUGCUUAUCAUAACCUAUAGUAAAUGUAUAUACUAUUACAUGUCUGGUUGAAGCAAUAGUCAAGCAAUUGUGUGUACUAAUUAUUAACCACCCUGGAUAACUACACUGAUCUUUAAGUGUAAAAUAGGUGGAGUUCCCCUUUAAAGAUUGGUGUGUACUCUCUGUGUAGUCUAAUCUGAAGACACCUCCUGUCUCAUCUGCAGCCAGACUUUAUGAAUAGACUUGGUGAGGAGAAAUACUGUAAUAAGCUGAGGUCAUGGCAGAGCUCAUAAUUCACACACUAUUUAUAUCUAAUACAGAAAUUACUCAGAAGCACUACGUGUACUAUGUCGCCAAACUGCCCCCACACAACUGAAAAACAUUCAUUCAACAUGUAUCAUCCAAAUUACUGGAAGUCCAGAUGUAAUAGUACGCUGAAUGGGAUUGCAAAACACCACAUACUGUGCACAUGCCAGUUUUUUUAAAGGUGCAGCCUCCAGGUUCAGAGCAGCUAUAUUCAUCACCCCCUGCUUUGAAUAAUUAACAAAUAGGAAGAUGUAAUUUUGCAGGUGCAGACAACUCGCUAUUAUUCUCACCCCAUAUUUUAACACCUUUACUCGGUAGCAAUGCAGGGAGAACUGUAACCUUUAUAAAAAAAGAUCAGAAAAGUAAUACUCCAUCAAAAUAUGUGAACUUAACAACACAGUGAACAUUUAAAAUUAUAAUAAUAAAGUGCUAAAUAAGUUCUUUCUAUUUAAACAGACUUUGUAGUCAGGAUUGGAUCAUUUAAUAUGCACAAAAACUCACAUGCACAGGUUGAAUAAUUUGAAUUUGUUCGCAUUAUUUGCAUGGGGGGCAAAAGUUUGGCUGUCAUUGAUCUGUUUUGUUGUGAUCCACAAAGGAUUUUGUUUUUACUCCAGCUUGUUUCUGCCGCCCCCAAGUGGGAAAAAGUCAUUUAUUGCAGGUUUUAUUGGAGUUUAAAUUCAUUGACCAUAAAUAUUUGUCUCAUACUAGAGCUAUUAAGGUGUGACAGUAUUUAUUAUUCCAUCAACGCUUUACCCAAGAAGUAAGACACAAAAUAUUUCACUGACUGCCCCACAGUCUUUGUUCUUUAAGUGUCACCAAUUGACUCAUGUUUUAUUCAGCUAAUCACUAAAUGAUAAUGAGAUAAAUGCACACCAAGACAAAAGACCUAAUACCAUGGGCCAUUUCAAUUAAGUUGUAUCCAGGACACUGACAGUAUCUUGUUUUGGGAAAAGCACAUGAAUUAAAAUGUGAGUCUGACCUGCCUGUGUCCUCUAAAAACAGUUAUUUUAUCCCUUUAAAGACAUUUCAAUAAAAUGUGUUUCAGUUUGAAUGAAAUCAAUCAAAUCACAAACUCAUCAAAAAUAAACACAGCUGUGUCUGUAUUCUGUAUUUUGAUUAAGUUAAACAGAAUCUGCUUUAAAGGCCAAGUAUGUGUACACAUAUAAAGGCAGAGACUUCAGUGAAACAUCAUCUUUUUAUUGAUUUAUUUGUUGUGUGAAACAUAUCUAAAUAUCAAACCCGAGUGAGUUUUUUGAAUUUCAAUAAAAACAGAUUAUGAUGGUUUUCAAGCCAUUUAAACCAUUAAAAAAACAGCUUAUGAAAAAUAUCUCCUCAUUUUACAUUUCAAAACAGCUGAGUCAUGGGCAUAUUCAGUCUGAUGUUUUGUAUCAUCUCCUCAAUCUAACAACCUUCUGUUAACACUGAGGAAUGAAGGAUUUGACUUUUCAUGAUGUGCCAAAUAUUUAUUAUAGGUGAUGAGUCAGGAUUGAGGACAGGCCAGUUAAACUCUCAGACUCUUCCUCUCUUCUACCGAUUCAUGCUGUUGUAAUACAUGUUCUACAUUGACUUGCUGGAAUAUGAACACCUUUCCUUGAAAAGGAAAUAAGAUGUAUGGCAGCAUGUGAUGUUCCAAACUUUCCCCAAACUAGAGCCUUCACGGAUAUGUAAGCUACCAAUAUCACAGGAUCACUGUAUUACCACACAUGGCUUUAAGCCAAUGUUUUUACCAGAGCAAAAAUACAGAGGAAGAAGUAUUAGGUUUGCAGUUUGAAAUAUUGUAAAGUACUUGUGGUAAAUUAUGUUAACUGCUAUCCGGAACAUUUAAAUGCUUAAGAAUCAAAUCACUGAGCAUUUUACUGUUGUCGGGGCUUACGCAGGAGUUAGUCUGUGACAUGUAAUUUUAAAGUGCUCCGAGUCGUCAAAGACCUAAGAAAGUGUUAUACAACAUGGACCACGUUAAAUUCCCUUUAAAUUACUCUUGAGCAAAGCACACAUGCACUUAGUUAGCCUUCACCAUAGAAUUUAGAGUCCAUAGUUUUAUCUUAAUCGUCUUUUGUACAGCUUUAGUGGUUUGGUUAUUGUUUGGCCUUUCUGAUGCUGGCUUAUAUUAUUGCACCGUCUUUGUUUUUACUAAAGAGUGCAGGAAUUGUACCUUGCUGGAUAGUUAAACAAUAUUAAAAUCCAUCUGUGCUAAAAGCUAAGUAAUUGCACCAGUUUAAAUGUACUACUUUACUGAAUAUAGAUUGGAUUUGAUCUACAAAGUCAAAAUGAGAGAGAAGAGGGGGAGACGUUUAGGUUUUUCCACUGCUGUUUAUAGAGUGCAUUGGAAAUGGCCUUGAGAUUUUUUUCAUGUGGUUGUCAUGCAGGUCUUAAACUGCACAGUUUUACAUGUAUGAGCUGGUGUAUUAAGGUCAACAGGAGUAUCAAGAAGAGAUAAAAGUGAAAGGAGACCACACUCAAAGAUGACCCCUGUCUUACUGUCCCAUGUCUGACUGCAUUACUUAUUUACAGCAAACUAUCAUAGAUCAAAAGGUCUGUUAGUGUUCUGUAUGAAUGUAAAGAACUUUAAAAAUGUGGAUCAAAUAACCACUAAAGUCACUCACAUCCAAGCUCCGACAUAGAGCUUCACUUUUUUCAGUCAUGUGGAAAUAGAAAACAUUUGUUUACAUUCAGUCUGGUUUAAAAACUAACAUCCUUUAUACCACUCAGUUUGUGAUAAACUGAGGUAGUCCCACAGGGAUGUCUGCAAAAAUGCAAACACAUGCAACAUGCGUUAUUCAUCGUUGAAAAGUCAGCAUCAAAGUACUUCUGUAUUGGCAGGGAGACACAACAAAGCUCUCACUCACUAAAAGGUUAUGUGCCCGUUUUACCCUGAGGAGUGUACAGGACAACGUCUUUGUAAAUAUGUGCUUUUAUAUGUGUGUUAGUUUUUUUUUUUGGAUGAUGAGAAAAUGAUUAAGUAUGACUGUAAUCCUAAAACUUGGCAGGUUUUCAGAUGAAUGUACAGUACUGUCAGAGGGGAGAAUGGUUCCAGCUACUUGCAAUAAACUGAUCCAAUAUUGUUAACAGACACAAACACACCUUUUAAUACCACCCCUCUCUCUGUCUUUCCCCAUCUACACACCUCCAGUUGCUAAAGGCUCUUACCCCAGAGCAGAACACCCACAGCCGGCAUGGUCUCUUCUUCCAGGAUGGUCAGCGGCGCGUCGACUAUGUCCUUACCUACCCUGUGAAAAAACCAGCAGGGGGGCGCUCCAUCCGGACGUCAGCCCACAUCCUAACUGAAAAUGCUGUGGCACGCAGCCUGCGCCGUGUCCCCAAAAAAAGCGAACGUCUCAAACGUCUUCAGACACAAAAGCCAAAGGACUCACCUACAGCGGAUGUGGAGCUGGGCCUUCAUGGAGAGACCCUCAACAGCCAUGAGGACCACAAGAUGUUCAAGAGGGAGGAGUUUGAGGGGAAACUGAGGGAAAUGGGGCUGGAGCUGGAGAAAGAUGAGGAUGUGAGUUAUUAUUUUAUCAUUUGCAUGGUGUCUCUGAGUUGGACAGAAAAAUCAUUCUGGGGUCCAAUGGCUGAGUUCAUCCAUUUAAUAUCUCAUUUGGGGUCAUGAGGCUACACAAGCUCAGUUUGUUUAGUCGUGUAAAGGUGUGUGUCUGUUUUUGAAUGUAUUUAGUAAAGUGCAGAUGAGCUGAUGGAGGGUUCAGUGAUGUCUAAGGCUGCAGUUAUUGGCCCAUGCAGGGCUGAGGUGAAGCAGGCACAUGAGGAAAAAGCAGAGAUGGAGCUCUUUUGAAGGCAGGCCUUCAUCAGCCUUACACUAAGAGAAGUGUUUUGAUGUAUGGAAACAGGGGGAAAUUACUUGCAUUUCUGAAUGCCACAAUAACAAUAUUAUCACAGUAUUUUUGGAGAACUGGAGAAUGAUAAAACAUGAGUUAAAUUAAUGGAGGGCAAAACAAGGGGGGAGCGACAUAUUACUCAACUUCACCAACGUACAAUCAACUUCCAUGCCAUCACCCAUUUCUUGUGAUUUUCAUAUUUGUGACUCUAGCACUGAGGAUGACACUUGUUUGGAAGAGAUAUUACCUCUUACUACGAGUAUAAACUUAAGGUAUUUCCAUAUAUUUAUUUUUGGAUUAUAAUACUUUUCUGUAAAAUUUUCAAAAACUAACAAGUUAAAUGUGUUAGUCACCAGUGCUUUGUAUGUUGCCUCCAUAUCUUCUAUUCAUUUGUAUCUGACAAGCUGCAGGCCUGCAGGGAUAUCAAACCCCCAGACUCAACCCCACAUAGAUACGACUACAUGAAACUGAUCCUGCUUCUUAAUACAUUUUUAUACAGCUUCCUGUCUGACCUGCACAGCUGACAGUGUGCAUUUCACUUCAACGUGAAACGCAAGGCUAUUACUGACACACCCUAGUCUUAGUAAUCUUCUACCUUUGAGUUUCUUAGUGGUCACAAGAUACAGAAGUAUUUUAGUUCAAACAGAUGAGUACGACCAAGUGCAAGUGCAGCAGCCCAGACUUGAGCAAGAAAAGUUGGUAAGACUGAGUGUUCACAGAUGUGAUCAAUAUUAAGGCUACAUCCAGAGGUGAAGGGGCUUUUGUGGGUGGUCCUCUGAAGAGGGAAGUCCUGUGGGCUUUCUGCAGACUUUUUGCAGACUCAUAUGGAUAUAAACUGUGUGAAUAGAAGCUCAGUCUGACCCCAACUUUGAAACACAUAACUGAUUUGCUGGCCAGGCUGAAUUUCAGUUGGAUCGCGCGUUGUUUGCUGUGCUGUCCAGAGGAGCCACUGGGAUCACAUCCUGUGCAGCUGCUCCACUCUCGGCAGAUGAAUUUAUGGCAUGUUAGAAAUUUUGGUUGACUGACAGAGCACUGUCACACAGUGAAAGCAAAGCCUCAAGCCAAUUCUACAAUCUUCCUGGUUGAAGCUGGACAAAACAGUGGACAGAGCCCAAAUGCACCACAACGAUAUGCCACAUUGUGUAAAUAUGGGGUCACGUGCACACACACACACACACACACACACACACACACACACACACACACACACACACACACACACACACACAGAGAGCAUAACAAAACUAGAGGCAGAUGGUUUUUCUGUUGUUGGGGGCAAAAAUAAAAAGGAAAAUAACUAAAUAUCUAUGCAACAACAUACAAUAACAAUAACAACAACUUUGGUUUAAUGCAACAAGACAAAAGGACUGAGGGGAUGUUCAUAAAAAAAAGAUGCUCAGCUGUGUAGCACAAACUUUUGUACUUUGUAAAGACACACAACAGAAUGCUGAAAUUCCUGUGAAAGUCUUGUCACUAAUUGUUCUAUUUGCUUUUGUAUUUCAUAAAAAAGCCUCAAUAUGAAUUUUAGUUUAUUUCAUUAGUAUUUAAAAAAAAAUCCUUACAGGAGCUUUAAGACCAUUGAUGGCCACAAGUAAAGAAACUAAAAUAGACUCACAUACAUUUGAGUUCAUAGAAAGCCUGCCGCCAGACUGUUGCAAUGCAGUCCAUAAAGUUUAUUUUAAAAUAAGUCCAACCUUUAGAGAAGCUAACAGCCAAUCAUAGCUUAGGACCUUCGGGUUGCACCUGGCAUGGCCAAUCAGUCUUAAGUAUUGAUAACCUCAGUGCUGCUUUGCAUGAUGAGUGAGUGUUAAGUGUACCAAAUUUAUAAAACAAACACAAUGACCAAAAUAAUAAAAUGAAAGAAAAACAAACAACCAAAUUACCCUAAUUUUAAAACAUAACCUCAACAUUUGGUAGCUUGAUGUUUUAACACAAAGUAAAACUUCUUCCUUUAGUGGGCUUGCUUUGUUUACGUCUAUGGUUACCCAAUUAGCUGUGAUUUAUGAGCACAACACUAAGAAGAGUCUGCAAACUUCUGGAGAGGUAUUAAAAAAUCUGUGACGGGGCCUCAUGCACAUGACCACUUGGAAAGGGAAGUGCACUGAACAUUAAAUGGUCAGAGCAGGAAGUCUAAAAUUUGGUCCAAAAAUUUAACUUCAUUCUGUAACUUUUUAUUUUGUUGUCGAAAAACUGGAAGGUGUGACAAAACUAAACUAUUUAACAGCCGACCCUCAAUCUUUGGUUUGACUUGUUGAAACAAGGGAAAUGUGUCACUUCAACACUCUAGAUUGGAUCAGAUUCACUCCCUUUAGGUGACAGGUUAUCAUAGUUUCAUGCAGCUUUAGAAAAAAAUGUCCAGCUGUUGGCGGCCAUCAUGCAGACAUGUUUGAGUUGAAUAUAUAUCACUAGGGUUGCUUUUUUAAGUAUAUAGAAUUCAAACAUGUCCUUAGUUUGUCUAUAUUUAACAACCUGAAGUCUGGAGACAUCCGCUUGUGAAUGUCUUUGACAAUUUAGGGUGCAGCAAGUUUCUAGUAAAAGUAUUUGCAGGGUUUGCAGCUAAGACAUAUCUGUGGAUCAACCGUGUAAAGCUGUAAACUGAUAUUCUGCCUAUGUAUAAGAUGUCCUGAUGCCAGCAUAUAAAUAGAAAAUUAGGCUCCCUGCAGCAGUGACUUGAAGAAGCUGAUCUGAGGUUGCCAGGGCCACAUAGGAGAUUUCUGUUAUCCUUUGACUGGGUGGAAGGGCAAACACAACUGCAUGUGUGUCGCCGACUUAUUUGUGCAGUGAUUUAAUGAUCACUGAGAGAGGCUCUCACAUUUAACUAAGCCAGGUGCAAUGUUGUACAGCAGCUGGGGUCAAAUUUCAGCGAUGACAAAUCACAUCAUCUUUUCUAACACCUGGCAUAAAACCAGCAGACACGUUUCAUUUAUCAGAGGAGAUGAUUUUCCUGAAAAGAAGUGGAAACCAAGUUGUCGAGUACAUCUAGAUUUGGCUAGUCUUCAAAGUAAGUGACAGCACGCGUUUAGUUAUACCAGGAGCAGCCCAGUACAGCAAAGAUUGUCUGUUUUUGGCAUAUUGUGCUCCUGUGAUGCACCUCUAAAGACAUCAAAACACAUUUGUGUUUAUUACGACCGACUUGUAUUUAUUGUUUUCUCGCAGACCAAAAUUUCAGGAGUUGCCUUUGUGAAGAUUCAUGCCCCCUGGAACGUCCUCUGUCGAGAGGCGGAGUUAAUGAAGCUAAAAAUGCCCACCAAGAAGGUAAGACUGAAUGUCUGUUCUUAUGAUGCCUUUGUGUGAGUUUUCAUUAUUUCUCUAUGAGUUUGGAGAAAAAAUGAAGAAGCCUUUUUAUUCUUUUAUGGACAACCCAAUUCCCAAAAGCUCCAAUGCUGUGUUAAAUGAUGGAAACAACAAACUCAAAGUGUAGACCAUGAAUUUAUUUUAAAAAUUAGUGUUAAGUGGAUAAUCUGAAUCCACUGUUUAUAUGGGUGCAAAAUCAAAUAAUCUGAUCAGAUUAGAAGCAUUUGGACAUGUGCAGAGUUGUCUGAUUUCGCAAGAGAAGAAGUAGUUUAGGCCUGUGCUGUCAACAAACCAACAAACGCCGUAGUGGCUCAAGCCAUCCAAUUCCAAUUCAGGAGCCCCCCCCCCCCCCCAUUAAAUAUUGUCACUAAAUGGCGCCCUUGCGUACUUAUUUUACUGUUCUGUCAAAAGUUGCACUGUGCGUGCAGAUGUGAUAUCAUUACGCUGUAUGUGCACCUUGUUAUGUUACCGGAGGAGCAGACAUAGCUCCUACGAUUGUGUUUUAUGCCAGAGUGUUAAUAAUGAAACCUCCUGUACUGACCUCAGUAAAUAAGCCAAAAGCUAAGAAGAGAAGAUCAAGUCAGGUAAGAGAGUCUGGAUCGGAAUAAGUGUUUACAUGGACGUGUUUCGGAAAAACGAUCGCUAUAAAUCUCCCCUCUUGAUCAGGAUACAAUUUCUUUCCGAAUGAGCCAAAUUGGAUCAGAUUCUUCCGAUUGACAUGUUUACACUAUGCAUUUUUUUUCAGAUCGGGCAUUUAAUCCAAUUAUUUGUGUCCAUGUAAACGCAGAUUGUUCCACUCUUGCCCAGAAUAAGAUUUUGGCUGCUCAACAAUGCAAGGUCUCGUUUCUUGUAUUUGUCCUUAAACUUUUUGCCUGAAGUUUUUCAGUGGGAGACUAGUUGGGACUGCAGGUGACAAGUUAAAAUUCUCCUUCUACAGUGUAAUUCUAUAAAUAUGUGUGCAGAUUGUAGUUUUGCACCGUCUUCCUGAAACUUUGUACAUUGAGAAGACAUGAAGUCAAGCCACAAUAAACACGAAAAUAAAAUGUAUGUUGGUUUGUGAGGCUGGUUUAUCUUAGAGAAAUCCCCUUAAACUUAUUGACUGAUUUUUAUGAUUUUGUUUUGAAUUCAAAAAAACCUUGUCUGAAAUGUGUUAGGGGUGUUUGAUCUGUUUAAAUUUGUAGGUGUAUGAGAUGAAGAAGUCUGGAGGUGUGAUGGGGAAGAUCAAGUCUCUGGUCAGUAAAGUCCUGGAUCCUCUCCACCCUCAGGUUGAAGAACAUCAACAUAAAAACUUCAAACGCCUGUCGCACGCUUUCUCCAGAGAAAAACAGCACCUGUGAGUAAACCGUCAAUACUCUGAUGGGAAAUUCCCCAUUGUAUUGGCUAGGGCUGCAACUAACGAUGAUUUUGAUAAUCGAUUAAUCUGUCGACUAUUUUAAUAACUAAUCGAUUAAUCGGAUAAACAGGCUAAAUUCAUCAAUGCAGCUGUUAAUAGCAAUAGCAUAGGGCUUUAGUUUAUCAUAUGAGUUUAUAUGCCAUGAGGUGUUGAGGUCUCUGCAUGUGUAGGUUACUGACUUACUGUAAUCAUCGGGUCUAUCUCGUCCUUAAAAAAACCUGCUCUAUUAGGGCGAGUGUCUGUCUUCUUCUGUAGUCAAACCGCAAGAUAUCAAAAUCUACCCGGAUACAGCAAUGCUGCUUUUUGAUUGGCUGUUCAGUAGAUAUACUUUAUUUGAUUGGCUUGCGCGUGUCACGCAGCUUCUGAACUCUCGGAGAAACUCAGUUGAUUUCCCCCAGUUCCAUAGUUAAAGAAGUGCAACAUGGUGGACAUCACCAUGUUCAUUUAAAUGCUUGAGAAAUACAAUGUGUGGUGUGUGAGCGUGUGAAUGAGUGGGAAUGCGUGUGUCAUACGCUGAAUGCGUGAGACUUGAGAGCCCUGUGCUCACGCAUCAUCGAUGUACUCCCGUGCCAUGCAAAACGGGCUUUGCAAAUGUUGCACUGAACGCCUUCCUUUUCAGUCUUGGUAAAGUUUUCCCACACCAUGGGUUGUGUCUAUGUUUUUCUCAGCCGCUGCCUCGGCCAUGGCUGUUUCUUUUCUGUGCGUCCUGCUGAUGUUUACACGCCAGUGUCCAUGGACAUAUAUAAAGACCUGACUAAUCGAUUACAGAAUUAGUUGGCAACGGAUUUUUUUGUCACGACGAAUCGACUUAAUCGAUUCGUUGUUGCAGCCUCAGUAUGGCCUCACAGCUUAGAAAAAUACUGUCUAAUGCAGGCUACAGAAGACUGUUAACAAAAGGUUAUGACGCCGGCGUAGGCGCGGCAUAAGUCAGGUCCACCGCGAUGACAAGGCUUGCCCAGGCACAUUUUGGUAUUUUGGUGAGCGGUGCAGCCUGGCGUAAGUAUCCCCCCUCCCUAACUCAGCUCCUCCCAGCAGCGUAAGUCGUAGAGAGGGAGGAGAUAAGGCAUGGAGAUGGUUUAACACAGCCGAGACCUGUUUUCACCAAUCACAUAAGCUCCUCUCCUCACCUUAAAAUCCGCCACCGGAGAGGCAUUUUACAAUUUUCGUGAAGUAGUCAAAGAGAUCAAGAGAUGUGUGAAGACAGCAAUGCCACAAGAUGGCGACAGAAGGCAGCCCCUCAACAAGUGUCACUGCAGAGGGCAUCCUCCACACUCUCUCAUAUAAGCACAGAUGGAUUUGGUGUGUGUAAGGUUGGACCCACUGGUAAGACAAACACCCUUUUCCACAAAUAAAGACACUCACAUAAAUUUGCAUAUAUUUAAACCUCACGUGACAAAGGUGGGUUAUGCGAACAGAUCACAACAUAAACUCCAAUAUUGGCAGAGACAUGAUCAGGUCCGGCUGAACGAGAAAUAAGAGGAAGAAAGAAAUAGGAGGGAGACAAAUUAAAUAUCUUGUUUACUUCAUCAUGUGUGUUUAUUUACUAGAUUUUUAAUUCAAUUUAAUGCGGUUUCAGCUGUGUUGAUUUGGUCAAGUUGAGUGUCCAAAUGCACUCAUUUGAUCAGAUAUAGAUCAGAAUAUAUCGAUAUAGAUCUAAAUGUAUGUGCUGACUCAGAAUAUUGGUUGUUGUUGAUUAUUUAUUGCACUGAAAUGUGCCUGACACUGUGGACACCUGUCUGUGGUAGAUCGGUGACGUAUGCGCACUAUGCCACCGGUCUACCAAAAUACCUCUAGACCAGCUGUGCUCAGCCUGCACAGAAAGCUGACCAGGUUUGAAUCGGCUAGCUUUCAGCGCACUUUCUAUGCCGCCGGCGGGCACGAAAAUGUCACUGCGCCAGCUGAUUCUGUCGACACCUCCCCCUGCCGCGCCACCACGCCCAGCUUGGUGGACCUCUGUGCACCUCAGUCUACAAAAAUACCAAACUGGCUGUGCACCGGGCUCUGCCAGACAAAGAUACUACUGCACGGGGUCUGCCACUGUGCCUCUGUGUCCGGCAGGCACGAAAAUAGAGCCCAUAAUGUUUAGGACUUAAAACAGAGGAUGUUCUAAAGUAUUGCUUGUGUGUAUGUGUGUUUUACAGCUUUGACCUCUCAGACAAAGAUUACUUCUUUGAUAGCCGAACAAGGAGCUCAAUGGUAAGCACAUAAAACUUCUGCUGCAGUGUAGCCACCAGCAAAGUAAAUAAUUUGUUUAAGAAAAUUCAAGAUAUGGAGUUAUGUAUUUGCUGUUAAAAAGUCACACAAAACUUUCUUGACUAAGUUCUGGACUAACUCUUUUGUUUCCUUUCAGGUUUAUGAAAUACUGAAAAGGACAAAAUGCAAGGCCAAGUACAGCAUGGGUAAAUCUGGAUCUUGGAUUUUUAUUACUUAUCUUAUGACCUAAAUGGCCACCUGAACAAUGCUACAUCAGCAAUUAAAAUUUUCUUUCUGCAGGAAUCACUAGUCUGCUAGGUAGUGGAGUCUACACAGCAGCAUACCCUCUCCAUGAUGUAAGUUACACCAAGAGAUGAUUAUACCAGUUUAAGUUACUUUAUGCCUUUUUCCAUCAUGUUUGUUUCUGUUUCUGUCUUUCAUUUGAAGCUGUUUAUUUCAUCACAUUUCGUAAAAAAGGAAAACGUUUUAAAAAAACUGCUGUAGCUUUAUCUUCACUUCAAAACACUCAGUGUCAGAUGCAAAAAUGAUGGUUUAUUUAUCUGUUAUGUGCGUUAAGUAAGUCUUUGAUGUCUCUCUUUUACCUUUUAGGGAGAUAUUAGUGAAGAGACUGCAGAGCUCAAUGACAGAAAGGUGAGAAAGCUGUCUUCAGAUCUGUUGAAGCCAGUGAAAAGGUGUGACUGCUUUGUUUCACAUUACCCACAGCCCCGCAUAUGUACAACUUAAAUUGCCCCUUGGGGACAAAUAAAAUGAUUUCAAUUGAAUUGAGCUGAAUUACACUGAGACACAGUAGUGCAAAAAAUAUAUGUAUAUAUCACCUGAAUCUUAAAUGUUGAAAUCAAACAAAUCAAAGGUCUGGUUUAGUAAGAAUGGAUUGUGGCAACUAGAAAUCCUCACUUAUAAUGACCAGUUUUCUGUUGAUCAUCUUCCUCAGCUUUUAUAUGAAGAGUGGGCAAAUUACAGUGUCUUCUACAAGUACCAGCCAAUUGGACUUGUGCGGUAAGGACAUAUUUCCUGCAGUAAAUCAUGUGCUGCCCAUCCUUUGUGUCUGUACGAUCUCAGAAUCUUCUUCUCAUGAUGGUUCAGCCUCUGACAGAGAUGAUCAAUGUUUCAUAGCUUCCCAGCAGUGGUGGUGCCAAAAAUUGUGGGUUGACCUCUGCAAUUGGAACUUUUUUCAGCACUCCAGUAAAGAUUCCUGUUUAUAGAGAUUAAAAACAAUCUUAGUGUACAACAGAGAAGAGCUAAAAAGUUCCAGAAUCAUAUUUUCCUGUUAGACCAGAACAUUUCUGAUCCCCAAAUUAAUUUAUCAUCCACAUUCAGAUGCUCCAGUCCUACAAAGCUGACAAGCUACUCAGUAAAGUUGUGAUUCUCAUGUCCUGAUAUCAGUAUGAUUGUUCAUCCUUGAAUUAAGAGCGUGAUACUUAUAGCCUAAAGGGUAGCUGUCCUCUCUAUUGUGCCCCCAAGCCAAUACUCAUGUCUUAUACUAUAAGUUUCAUAGUCUACCAAAAGGCCCCCAAAAGCCACUUCAACACAAACAGUAUCGCCACCUUCAAAAGAUUCUGGUUCUGUUCAUUUAGGCUCCAAGUAUUAGGUAGUGCUGACUCAAUGUGUGAUAAUGCUACUAAUGUAAUCAGAGGAAAAAGGCAGGGGGGAUAAGAAAGUAGAAACAGGACAGGGAAGGCAGAGCCAGGGCAAGAAGGUCUUUAGAGCCAGGGUUUGGUUAGGCUGUACACUCUGCCUCUCCUUCUCAUCCUCUUUUUCAUAAGGUCAAAGAGGAGAAAUAGAGAAAAAAAAACAGAGAAAUUAGGGAAGUUUUGACUCUUGAUUUGCCGGCUAACUGACAUCACACCUCCUCAUCCAAAUCUGACUUCUAUUUAAUGCUUCAUCUGAUGUCUCAUUAAUCUCAGUAAUGUUACUCUUGUUUGUGAUGUUUAGGAAGUACUUUGGUGAGAAGAUUGGUUUGUACUUUGCUUGGUUGGGUCUGUAUACCCAGAUGCUGAUUCCUGCCUCUCUAGUGGGGGUCAUCGUCUUUCUGUAUGGAUGUGCAACUGUUGAUGACAACAUACCAAGGUAAACACCAACAGAGAAAUUCAACGCAUAUAUGCCAACUAGUCUAUUGAAACCUCACACUGCCAUUUUUUUUGUCUGCGCGAAGCUGUUGCUCACAAUCCUGCAGGACUCAUUUGACUCUGAUUGCAGGGGAAUACCCAUUUGAUUAGAGAUUUGACAGACAAUCUGUCAGUUAUCAUAGUAAAUCAUACAUUUGAUCAAAAUUUUCCUAGACUUGCGGGCUAGAAAAAAGAGUGCAGAACUUGUUACACCAAGACCAAUCCUAAAAACAGGCACUUUUUGUACGCACAAUAUUUUUGCAUUUGUCCCAGCCUGCUCUGUGGCUCCUUACUCAAGAAAUCUGCUCAAGCAAUUCCAAGUUUUUGUAGCCGUCAGUCAUUUUGACCCCAAAUAUUUGAAAACUUGUUAAACUGGGUUUCAGUUUUUAUUGAAAUCAGGUGUUAGUAAACAAAACAUAUGUAGACAAAAGAUUAGUACUGACUUUUCCGGUCCUAGUGACCCAAAAAGGUUAAUUAUGAUAAUCAACAACCGGAGUAAUCCCUGCAAGAGCUGAGAGAGUCGAAGUAGACAAAGAAAUGAAUAAAGUAAAAGACAGAGGAGGGAAUUUGAUGAAUGGGCUGAGAAACUACGACCUCCUCUCCUUCCUCUGCCUGCUUUUCAUCAUCCACAGGAUAUUAUGACACAAGCUGCCGGCACAAAUCUGCACACGACACAGACACACACAACACACUCAAUAAAAGUGUUAAUGUCAGACACUUGACCUGGACCUUGUCAUAUAGUAAAAUAAAGCAGAGCAGCAGUCUGUCUGUAAUAUUCAGCAGUGCACAGUGUCAGGAAGACGACUGCUCAACAGAUAUUUUUAAGGAAAUAAACGUUUAGAAAUGAAUAACAGCUGAUCAAAAUCUCACAAAGUCUUUAGAACAGUUAAGGACAAAUGUAACAUUAAAUUUACACUCAAUCAAUUUGACACUGUUUACCCACAGACUCUAUAUUACCAUGUUUUACUGUGUUUAAUAAAUUUGUGCUUAAUCUUGGAUGCAAGUGUCCAAGUGUGUCUUACCUUUGGAUGGCUGCUUUGUUGGAAUUUAAAUUUUUGUGUGAACCACUUGAGUUGGGAAACCACUUGGAGACAAGCCUUGUACAGACACCAUGACUGAAUGGGAAUAAAACUGUAUUCCCUGUUUUUGUUGCCGGCUUAAAAUCACAGUAUGUCACUGCUUCUGCUUUGUUUUUUAUUUUCAUCUGGUGAUGCAUCUGUCUUUUUCUCCCAGCAUGGAGAUCUGCCACCCAAGAAACAACAUCACCAUGUGUCCCCAGUGUGACGGAGUGUGCAGCUACUGGAAACUCAGCACUGCUUGUGGAACGGCACGGGCCAGCCACUUAUUUGACAACCCAGCCACUGUUUUUUUCUCAAUAUUCAUGGCUCUCUGGGGUGAGUGAACAGACACACUUUCACACAAUCGCUGUCUGGUUACACUUUGUGGUAAUUUAGAAGUAUUUUGUGGUGUCGAGUGGCCUUGAGGUCAAAACACAACAUUUUAGAAAAACUGUACACUAUUACAUGAUAAAGCUCUCUAAUUCAAGCGGCACUGUUCAGUGUGGUUGUAUUUUAUUGUGGUUAUCUGACUGUUUUCUAUCUGGUAAAAAGCUGCCAUGUUCAUGGAGCACUGGAAGAGACGGCAGAUGAGACUAAACCAUGAAUGGGACCUGACUGGGUUUGAAGAUGAGGAGGUGAGUGAAAACAGCAGGUAACAAUGUCGACGACUUGUAAAAAUAAAAUUCAGAGCAACACCUGAAUAAAAAACUCUGGAGGCUGUGCUAUGUAUACACACAUCUGCUGUUUUAAAUCAUACAGGCUGACACACCUUAAAGCCUUUAGGCUAAUGUAUCAUGUUGAAAACUUUUUUUUCCCCCUUAUCAUCUACAAUGAAUAACAAAUCAACCAGAUGUUAAUAUGUCCUGUCAUAAAAGAUGUAGGUGAUCUUUAGAGUUUCUGAUCUGAUAACAGCCUGUUUUCAUAACUGCUGGACCAUGAGACUGUUAAACUAAACCAGCUGUCUACUGUUCAGGUCAACAAUGUUGUUGUGACCCUCUUUGGUUUAUGUAGCUAUAUUUAGAAACUAGUCAAACUCCUCACCAGUACAAACCAAAAGUCAAACAAAUGUCUUUAUUUCCCUGUCCAACCCCUCCCUCUCUUUCUCUCUAAAAUUUAUUUUCACAGGAAGCGCUCAAGGUUUGGAUGAAUUCCUUAUACCAAAUAAACUCCUCUCUUUAUUCUUUCACACAUCUGUUUCAUAAAAGUAUCUCAACCUUUAAAUACAUAUAACCCUUGCUUAGUGUUUCUGUGCAAAAGGAAACACUGUGAUAUUAUUCUACUAUGGACAAAACAUUUUUUUUAAAUGUGUUAUUGAUUUAGUAAAGCUGCCAGUCAGCACUGUACCACACCAACCAUGUGUGAACACUGCAGUCUGAAGGGCUGAAGGGCUUUCUGUUGGAAAGCUCUUUAACCAUCAAACUGUCUCAAAAACCAUCAAAUCUUGACUGGGGCUUUGUCAAAAUAAAAUGUGGGUAGGUCCAGAAAAAAGACAUAUAGGUUAUAAAAUGGUACAGAAUUAGGGGGGAACUUAACAUUUAGUGUGUGAUUUAAAAAAUAUCUUAAAGGGGUGGUAUCAUACUUUUCCACAUUUGCAACAAAAACUGCAAUCUUACAAAGUUUGGUGUCCUUACUUCAUUCAAGCAAAGUUUCAAAUCACAAGGUAGACACAUUUUGUCAUAAUCUGAGAAAGUAGAUGUAAACUGCUUAAAUCUCAGACAAAUGCCUGAAAAUGCAAGAUCGUAGUUUAUGUGCGAGAUUUAGCUAAGUCUAACGUAAGAAUUUUAGACUCUCAAUACUGGUUCAUGUGUGCUUUCAGCAAAGCGGAACCACCUGCCUCCAUCAGUGUGUAACUAUAGACAUUUAUAUAUAUUUAUAUAUAUAUAUAUAUAUAUAUAUAUAUAUAUAUAUAUAUAUAUAUAUAAAACUAUACUCUUUUUUUGUAAACAUCUGAUCUUGCUUCCAAACUUUUGGCAUCAACCAUAAUCGAGGAGGCGGGGCCAGAACAACAAGCCCUGCCCUCGGCUGGCUCUCUGGGGGACUCUGGAGAGGUGGCCAAUCAGAGGAAAGUGGGCUCGUGCAGGGGGGUCUUAAAGAGACAGUAGCCAAAAGGAAGCGUUUCAGAUGGAGGCUAAAUUAAUAUUUUAAUUAACCACUGUGAGAAAUUUGAGGCUUUUUAUGAUCUGAAAAUCAUGUAAAGCUAUGAAAGUGGUAUCAGAACGAAAAUAUAGUGUCUGAAUAAAAUUAAUGAUACCCCCCCUUUAAUGUUGGAAGCUCAUCUUUUCAAACACUAAUGCACUUUUGGUAUUAGGCAUUAUACCAGAGACCAAAGUGGUUCACAUUUGCUUCAUAUCUCUUUCAAGCUUUGUCACUGCCUAAUUCUUCUCACGCAGUCACACUUAAAGGAGUCUGGGGUAAAUGCCAGAAGAAAACACCAAUAUUACAUCAGGAGAAUGAUAAAAUAACGAUAAAUAAAAGAAAAACAUUUAUGUUCAAGCUCUGUAAUGCAGCAUUUAAACUUAUUAGCAUUAAACUUCAGCUUGAUUCAAAUUCAAAAACUCAGGUAAUCAAAGUUUGAGCCAAAACACCAAUCCUGAAAAAUGACUUAUAAAAAUUAAUAAAAAAUAAACGUGUACCCCAGGCUCCAUGAACUGCAGCCACUUGCACCAUAAGGCUUAUUUCUCUCCUAAAACUUCUUUCCUUGGUGGGCAGGUCAAUAACUACAGAGACGUGUGCUUAAAUAAUCGCAAAGACAUAAAAACACCUAACUGCUCCCUUGUGUGUUGUCUGUCAUUUGUGAUCACCAUCACAGGACCACCCGAGGGCUGAGUACGAAUUCAGGGUCAUGAAGAAGUCUCUGAGCAAAGACAGGAAAUUAAAGCACAAGGUAACUGAUUGUAUUUUAUGCUGUAAUUUGCAUCUUUCAAGCUGUGAGUACUCUUUAUUUGUCACAUUAAUAUCAUUUUACUAUGUGCUUCAAACCUUGCUUCAGUUUGCACAAGGAGCAGCUUUGGGCAAACAAUUAAAAGCACAUAUUGUAUGGUUAUUUAGGGCAUGUCAAGCCACCUUUAACGGGUAAAACAAAGUACUUUCUGGGGGUUAAGUAAGGUGUUAAGGAGAUGUACGGGGACUCUUAAUUUAAUUAAAGUGUGCUGUAGAAAUAAUGUAAACCAAACUUAUCAAAGUUUCAGCCAUUGUUUUCUUUUUAAAGCCAAGUGCUCCUGACGUCAUUUGCACUACAGCCUUUCUCCUUCUCUGGGCAGUUCAUUUACCUCUGUCCUUCACCUGUGUCCCUUAGACAAUGAGAGUAUAUCAACACAACAGGACAAUUAACUACGUUUUUGUGUUGCAGUUUUUGUGAAUGUUUGAUUUAUUUUUAGACGGAAAAGCUGACAUGCCAAGAUCGCCUCCCUGCCUACAUGACUAACAUUGUCAUGAUGCUCUUAAUGGUAAGAAGAUGAUCUCCACAGAUAGGUCACAGUAUUGAUUAUUUGUGGAAAUCUGAUGGAUUAACUAUUUCUGAUCCUUUUACUUUUAUCCUGCAAACCUUUCCAUCGAACAGAUCGGCGUCACAUUUGCCAUCGUGUUUGGCGUAAUCCUCUACCGAAUCUCCACCAAAGCCGCGCUUCAUCUGAGCGCCAAUCCAACGACACGGAGUCACGUACAACUGACGGUUAAAACCACGGCAGCCAUCAUCAACCUGGUGGUUAUCCUUAUACUGGAUGAGGUGUACGGAGCUGUAGCACGAUGGCUUACUGUGUUAGGUAGGUUCUCAUGAAUGAAACCAGUCAUGGCUCCAUUCCUCUAGCUCACUUACAGGUCUCCUGAACCAUAAUUGAAGAGAUUAUUAUGAAACAACACACCCUGUUCAAUCUAUUGACCUCUUCUUUAUUUCUAGAGGUUCCUAAAACUGACAAAAGCUUUGAGGAAAGACUCAUCUUCAAGACAUUUAUACUUAAGUUUUUCAAUGCCUUCACCCCCAUCAUCUACAUCGCUUUUUUCAGAGGAAGGUUGGUGACCUCUUUUAAUUUCAAAGUCAUUUUGAAGCUUUCAUGGGCUGUGUGUUAUAACCUCUGAGAUGAAUGAAACCGUUUUGAAGAGGAAAAAUACAUGUUUUAAGAUGUGAAGGCAUCUUACAUCUGCUUCUCACCUUCUCAAUUUUCUCCUUAGACUUGUGGGCAGACCGGGCAGCUACUUAUAUUUGUUGGAAUCCUACAGAAUGGAAGAGGUAAGCUUUACACAUCAUUUGUUGUUAUUGACACUGGGGGCCCUAACCUAAACCCUGACAAUCACAUGUUAUAUGUUGUCCUGCUUUUUAGCUAGGCUACCAGCUACAGUCCCUCUGAUCUGACGCUUUAUGGCACUGUGUUUUUGUCUGACUGACAUUAACCUCAACAUUUUUGCUGUUAGUAAUCUCAUUACAGUAAUCCUCACACUUUAUUCAGAGUUAAGUCUGAACAUGUGUGGCUUUCUGUUGCCAUGCUUAACAGAUACAGGAAAUCACAGCAGCACUUCAGAUCCUUUUCCCUGUAACUUUUCUGUUGGUGUUUUAUUUUCACUCACUCAGUCCUGUAAUACUGCUGAAGCCCAGCAUGAUACAGACAGUGAUUUUCUUCAAUAUGGGCAAGUCUCUUUAGUUCAGCUCCUUGUGAGUUUGUAUCUGUGCUUUAAUCUGCUUCUGACGGCCAUGAACCAUGAAUUUAAACUUUUGUGCUCUCCAGACAAAUUGGGAAUCAUAAAAAAAUCAUUUUUUUAACCAAUGUCAUUGCAAACUAUCAAUUUUACCACAUUUUCACCAAUGUACCACAGCAUAUUUCAAGCCUCAAUUUGGGCAGUAAUACACUAUGUUGUCAUUUCUCAGCCAGAAACAACUGUGCUAGAUUUGAAGCAAGGGUUGACUAAUGUAGAUUUUUAAUUGCUGUCAACAUUAAACACUUAUGGCACAUUCAAAUUCAUCGCAUUACUCAACCCCUGGAUUUUUUGACAGCCCCAAAUAGGCUCUGAAGUGUCUUUUCUUUUUUUACACAUCUUUAUCUGCUUCAUUUGACAACAGCAGACAAUGUUAUUUGUUGAGUCUGGUCCUUCCCAAGGUUUCCGCCUGUUAAAAGUUUUUCCUUGCCACUGUCACUGGUAUAAGAUGAGAUGGGUCAAAUCUGUCCCAUUUUAAGGUUGGGUCUUGAUAAUUCAUUAAACAAUGAGCGUGGUCUAGACCUGCUCUUUUCCUUGGAAAGUGUCUUGGGAUCAGCAGGACGCACAACGACUGUUGCAAUUUGGCGCUUUAUAAAUAAAAUUUGAACGAUUUGAUUAAUGUUGGGUCAUGCUUUAAAUGACUGAAGUAAAUUAAAGCUUGACAGUUGUAGCAAUUAAAAACAUGAAAACUAAAGAACUAAGGUAUGCAAGCUAGAUGUAACCUGACUUUAGCACUAAUUCUGUGUUGUUAUUGUUUUUUUUUUGUAACUGCUUGAAGAUAAUACUCACCAAAUAGACCAAGCUUGCAAAUGAGAGAAAGAGAAGAAGAGAGGGAGCCCUGGACUAGUGCUAGAGCCUUUUUUAUUCCCCCAGGGAAAAGGUGUAACAGCGGGUGCUCAGGUGUUGGUGUAGUUAAUUAUGUCCAUGUGUCAUUCAGGAUGAUCUUGUUUCCCUAUAGUGUCAGGGGAGAUGUGUGUGCAGUUGUAAACUGUCCCGAGGUGAUCUAAAAUGAUCCAAAGGUCAGUAUGGAUAGUAGAGCACAUUUCCCUCGUAUGCCUUCUUUGUGAGGCCUCCAAGCUCUGUGGCUUCGACAGGUACAGAGACUAUCGAUUAACUGUGUCUAUAUGUGGAAGUAGCAGCUGCAUGUAUCCACCUUUUCCUCUCUUGUUGACUGGUUCAAAUCUUGUCUCCAGUGGUUUUUGAUGUCACAUCCACAGAUGAUCUGAUGCUCACAUCAACAGAAAGACGUCCAACAGUUACCUGAUCCAGUCAUUUGCAAAUGUAGAGCUUGCCAGUAUACCAGCCAGACUAGCCCGGAGAGUCGGAAUUAAUAAGCUCAAGUUAUACACAUAAGAGUCUGCUGUAGUAAGUGUCAGAUUAUUGACAUAAACACCCAGGAUCCUUUCAUGAAUCAAAUAUCCUUCUCGUGUAGACCUCAGUACCUCUGGUAUGUCUGCAGUGGGUUGGUGCAGAUUGUUUGUUGAUUAAGAAAUACAGAGGAAAGACACGGAGUCCUACAAAGACCCUCAGACCUAUGCCAGUUUCUGUUUGUUUUCAGACUAAAUGUCUGCUGUUCAGUAGGCCUACUCUUCUAAGAAAGCCGAGGGUUCAAAUCUGCUCACAUUACUGAGGCUGGUUUCCUCUGACGUCAGUGUGCCAUUAUAAAAGUUUUCAGGCAGGGGUUCAAGCAGCUAGCGAGUUAGCCUAACAAUCUUAGCCCGGAUCACAUCCAAACUCCUGAUAAUGUGUCUGGUUACCACCGAUUUUACAGACCAAUGUGGUUCUGUAACAAGUACACUUGAAGCCCUGAUAUUAUUGAACAGAUCUUUUUAUAUAACUGACCUGAUAUAUGAAACUAGUAAGCUAUUAAACUAAUGGAAAAGUUAACACAUCACCAAAUACUGUCUUUCAUUAGCUGUUAACCUGUUACAUUCUGCUAAUAAAAGGUGCCUGGUGCUCCCACCACGACAGGUCCGUUAGUCACCAACAAGACUUUCCCCCUCUGUAGUCCCUCUGCUGGUGGAAUAAAGUACUAAAAUCUAUCAGAUCAGCAGAAUCACUCAAGCUAAAAACGUCACCUAUGAGCUCAGCCUGCCUUUGACCCAGAAUUACAGAACAAAUUAUCUCAACGAUCCCCUUCAUCUCUGUAUAUCUUCUGUUUCCUGGUUGGAGACCAUUAGGUCUGGUAAAUUUUUCUAUACAUGACAAAAGGCAAAAAAAAAAAGAGGUGAAAGCAGCACAGAAACACUGUAAGUGGACACUAACAUUUGACCUCCUCUCCUCACAGUGUGCUCAUGGUGGCUGUCUGAUGGAGCUGUGUAUCCAGCUGAGUAUCACCAUGUUGGGAAAACAGCUCAUCCAGAACAAUCUUUUUGAGAUUGGAAUACCGUGAGUAUAAAUUGUUUAUAUCAUAUUCAAGAUAAAUCACGGUUUCAAGAACUGCAGACAGACCCAGACUGAUUAUUAUGAAGCUAAAUAAAAAUCCAUUAAAUUAGUUACUCAACUCUCUCAGUUUCUUUUUACUGAGUUGUGAUAUUUAGAGUGGAAUUACAAACAAAAGGAAACCAAGUACAGUUCAGUUUUGAGUCUUCACAUUCUUUGUGUGUCUUGAACAUUUUUCAGCAAGCUCAAGAAGCUGAUUCGCUACAUUCAGUCAAAGCAAGGGGCUUUUCAGGAAGAGGAGAGACAGAAGAAGAUGCAGAGAUACGAAAUGGACCACUUUCUUGAGCCAUUUGCUGGGUUAACACCUGAAUAUAUGGAAAUGAGUCAGUACCACACAGUAAAUACCUCAACUUACAGACUGCUUUAUUCCUCCACCUCCACAUUCUGCAUCCUACAGAAAGGCUUUUCAUGAACAAACAUUGUUGAAAUGGUCUGUGUUUGAUUUUAUAUCAGCUUUGGUAAGGGCCACGGCCUCACAACUGUGCGUGGUUGUGCUCAUAUGAAACGCAGAAACACUUCUAAUUUAUCAACUCAAUUGUGGCAUGAGGUAUAUUCAUGCUCACUGCCUGCAUUGUUUAUUUUAAAUCAAAGUAAAUAUGAUUGAAAUUCAAUGACGAUCUUUAUAAAGAUAUUACUGGGAUCGAUCGGAGUGAUAACUUUCUUUGGUCUUCUUCUGUGUCUAGUCAUCCAGUUUGGUUUUGUCACAUUGUUUGUGGCAUCCUUCCCCCUGGCUCCACUCUUUGCUCUCCUUAACAACAUCAUUGAAAUACGACUUGAUGCCAAGAAGUUUGUGACUGAGUUAAGACGACCGGUGGCAGCAAGAGCCAGAGACAUUGGUGGGUUGAGUUUUGGCAAUGUAGCUCUUGCAUGAAAGCUCCUGAGAGUCAAAGAGAAAGAUCUAACCGACCAAAAUCUGUGUUUUUGUUCAAUCCAGCUGCUGACGUGUGGUUUUGUCUACAGGUAUAUGGUACAACAUUCUCAGAGGGGUAGCAAAAGUGGCUGUCAUCAUUAAUGUGAGUCAGAUAUCCGUUUAUUAUUUUAUACCGAUGCAUGUACUGUUCAGUCUGUUGGUUUUCUGCUGCUCUGCUUUUGGCACUGUCCUCCAUCACUCUGACUUGAAACAGUGCAGUAAUGUGAUUUGAUGGUGAUCAAGGUAAGAGACAAGUGAAAAGUAGGCAAAUUUUCUGGUCAGUUUAGAACUGGAUUAUCUGGGCCCUAACCCUGCAGGAUAGUAAGAACCCACUGAGCAAUAGACAGCUAUUAGACGUCUGUUUUUUUUUAGACCUAAUUUCAACUGUCUAGAUUCUGUACAUUUUAGACGGCAUAUAGACGUUGCACUUUAACCCAUUGUCCAAUAACUGUUUAUUUCAAAAAGCAACUGUGAGUUGCAUAACUGAUCUCCAAGUACUUAACCAAAAUAAUUGUGAUAGCCAUUGAGCAAUAUACAGUGUAGUAUAGAUAUAGCCCAGAUUUAGAUUUAGUCUAAACUUGGUCUAAAUUUAGACAUCUAAAAAACUUUCAUUUUUAGACCCGUGAUAGCCUGAUUUUAGACCAGUCGUCUGGGCUACACUUAGACGUCUAUUAGACCUCUUUUAGACCUAAAAAUGCUCAGUGGGAAGGAACAAACACACCGUAACACCGAGUUAGACACCCCCUCCAGAGAUGAAUGUUGCCGACCGCUUGCUUCUCUAGUUAUUUCAACUUUUGUAACAACCACACAGUAGCUAUACACAGUGGUCUAAGGAGCCACACACGAAACUCAACCAAAAAGCCACUCUAUAGCCACAAAUAAUGCUCAGAACAGCACCUAACUUCAUCAACAGUACAUAUGGGGUCCCAGCCACAGCACAAGCCAUCAAACAUCUUUUUAUCUUUGCCUGAUUUCUUGAGCAAAGAGACUAAACACAACUCACCUACUCUCUUCCAGCAGCCGCUUGUGUGUAGACCUCGACCAGUCCAUCAUUGACUGAGGUGGGGGGGCGCAGCUCAAGGAAGAACAUUUAUGAUUGUUGAUCACAAGAACUACCGUGUCUGCAGUGCAAAAUGAUUAAUAUGAGGAUUAUUACUUCAAGGCAAUGAUAAAGAAAUGAUCAUAAAUGUUCCUCCUUGAGCUGUGUCACCCUGCUGCAGUUGGUGAUGGACUGGCCUGAGGUCUCGCUACAAACAAGCGGCUGCUGGAAGAGAGUAGGUGAGUUGUGUUUAGUCUCUUUGCUAAGGAAAUUAGGCAAAGUUAAAAAGAUGUUUGGUGGCUAGCACUAUGGCUGGGACCCUUUAUAUACUGUUGAUGAAGUUAAGUGCUGUUCUGAGCAUUAUUUGUGGCUAUAGAGUGGUGUUUUGGUUGAAGUUUGUGCAUGGAUCCAUAGACUGCUGUGUAUUGCUAUCGUGUGGUCAUUACUAAAGCUGGUUUAUCUAGAGAAGCAUGUGGUCAGCAACAUUCAUCUCUUGAGGGGGUGUCUAACUAAGUGUUACAAUGUAUUUGACCCUCAAUUUAUUUUAUGCCAGAAUAUCCAUUUAAGGCACUACAACACAAGUUACAUCCACUUCUUUUUCGGCCUGUCAGGAAAGAGACAAAUGUGAGAAGAAGGGCGGAAAGUGUCCCUCAGCACUGAUCAAAGCCCCUUACAUGAAGAAACAGUUUUUGUUUUAGCAGAGAGAUGUCCCACCUGUGCCUCUUACAUUCAGCCUGAGCACUACACCACUGCAUUGUUUCACUUCAACUUGUAUGUUGUUACAUUUCACUCUAUUCACACAUGCAACAUGACGUCUCUCUUAACAUUCGUCUAACCACCAUUUUUGUUCCUAAUCUCUGAACCUUCACCCCUCCCACCAACUUCCUCACCAUACUCUCCAGGCAUUUGUCAUCUCCUUCACCUCAGACUUUAUCCCUCGGAUGGUCUACCAGUACAUGUACAGCCCUGAUGGCUCCAUGCAUGGAUUUGUCAACCAUACGCUGUCCUAUUUUAAUGUCAGCCACUUCCAGGAAGGCAAAGAACCCUCGGAACCAAUGCACCUUGGGUAUCCUGUAGAGAUCUGCAGGUGGGAAAUCGACACCAUUUUCAUGAUAAAAUCAUGUUCAUUGCUCUAAAAAUCAAAGUUGUCAAAUCAAGUUGAGAGUAACAUGAAACACAUGAGGGAGAAAUUGGAGUGGGGAAAAGGUUGCAAAGACAGGACAGUAUUACAGGGCCAUUGGCUAGUAACUUCUCAAAAAAUUAUCUGUAGGGGUUUUUAUGUACUUAGCCCACUUAGUCCAAAGUUUAAUGAACAUGUUGUUCUGAAUACAUAGAUUCUUUACACUUCAUAAAUAUCAUUCACUGUAUCAAUCCACUCAUGUAUUGUGGAGGCUCUGGGAACAACCAAGUUAAAUCAUUCAACACUGAAUAUCAUGAGCACUUUACAGUUUGCACCCUGAAGUACCAGCUCUGUAUUUGACUUUAAAAAGUUGUUCACUUUCAGACCUGUAGGUCUUUUUCAGGCCUGUAGGGUCACUGCACUUGGAAAUGGAUCAAAUGUUAUGAUCCGGAGAGGCUCAUUUAAGAUAAUUUCACUCAUGUGAGGAACAAAGUUAUGAAGUUUGUAUCUGUUGAAACACGGUCUGAGCCUCAGUAGACAUCAGCUUUCAGCAUAUUUUGUGACCACACCUAUGAUCAAGAUGCAUCUCAAUUUACUAUAUCAACAAACAAGGACAGAAAAACUAACCAUGUUAGAUUAACUGAGAGAAGAGGUUAGGGGCAGCUAAAGUUUUUUUGUGAGCGCUAAGUCAGAAGACCUGGUCUGAGUAGACUAUGGAAGCUGACAUAUUUCCUCCACAAACCCUUUCCUUACAACUGUGUGGGAUCUUUUUGUAAUGUUCAAACCAUAGAAGUCCAUGUGUUCCUACAGAUACAAGGAUUACAGAGAACCCCCAUGGUCAGUCACCCCAUAUGAAAUCUCCAAGGAAUUCUGGGCUGUGCUGGCUGUCCGACUGGCCUUUGUCAUUGUUUUCCAGGUAAAGUGUAACAUUAUUUCAAAUGCUAGGUUGGAAACUAAUAUUUUUCCUCAGAGGUCUGACCCCUGCCUGCUGACAGAUGGAGUCCAUCAAAUCUAGUUUUAAACAGAACAUCCAGAAAUUAUUCUAUCCUUAGUUCAUCCAGCCUUUGCACAGUUAAUCUAUGCUAAUAUGAUAGAUUCAGAGAAAUGGGGUAAACUUCUAACAACUACUUUAAGAAAACAACUUUUCCUUUAAUUUAUCUUCUCUAGAACGUUGUGAUGCUGAUGAGCGACAUUGUGGACUGGCUUAUCCCAGACAUCCCUAAAGACAUCAGCCUUCGGAUCCACAAGGAGAAGAUAUUAUUGGUGGACCUCUUUAUGAAAGAGGAGCAGGGCAAGGUUCGGAACUUGGAGAGCAGGGCCUCAAUAAGGGUGAAAGAGAACUGCAGCAGGAGCAACAACAACAAUAACAGCACGUCGGCCCACCAGCGCUCUGGACUUCACAACAACAGCACUAAAAGCCUCUAAUGCUAUUAACCAAGAUUUCUUAGUUCAGUCUUAGUUUGCAAGUUUUUCUGCAGCCUGUGAUCAGGAGAACUUAGACUCUGUGUUUUCAUUCUUGUUCAAAUCAUUCCAACCAGUGGGAGAGCAGCUGUCUGUUAGGAUGUGAAGAAAAUCACGGUGAAUGUGUGAGACAAUGUGUAUGUGGCAAGAUGUGUAACUUUAUCUCAAUCUGCAUACUCAGAUGUACAAAUGUGCACAGGAAUCUUUAAGCGUACACAAAUGUGUAAAUGGGCACACAUAUUUCAGAAUGUACAAAAGACUAAUGCAUGCUAACUCUCUUUAUAUGCAUACCAUUUCUACAUUGUAUAAGAAUCUGAAGAUGUAUACUCAAAAAAAAGAAAAAAGAAAAUCAGUAAAGGUUGCUUUGUAGUAGUGAGUAAAGAGUGCAAAGGACAUAUUCACUCAGUCUGUUACAAACUACAGCAGGGGUUUCUGCUUGCACAGAAAGCAUUAAAUACGUACAAAAGUAAAAAAAAAAGAUUCUUGUUAUGUAAACAUCCUUUUUUUGGAAGGCAGUUUUGAGACUGGAAGUUUGUAUUUCAUCUUGUAUGAAGCAACCAAUGUUGAGGUUGAGUCAUGAGAUACACCCGGUUGUUGUAUUACUGCUUUUUUUAUGUUGUGUUUUGUUGGAAAAGCUCACACUAAAAAAUAUGCAUCUUUAAAAA